AACAUGGCCGCAUUGUGCUUUAAAGUGAGUGCGGAAAAUUCUCUUCGUGAGGAAAGCCGUAGCAGUUCAGUUAUUGUGAAAGAGAUAAAUAUCGCAGGGCAAUACAUUCUCAGUACACAAUUCUACGUCCCAAAUAUAGUGUUGUUGUUUUUUUCCUCUCUAGGUCUGCGCCUUUUAUCGUGAUUUCAGCGGUGCUGCCCGUUUUAUUCAUAGGAAUGAUUAUCGCUGCAUCGGCACUCAUCUUCAAACCAUCUGACAAAGCAUCCACCGCCUACACAUUCUCCAGAUCCUCCUCCUCCUCUCUCCAGUCGAGCAGCUCUGUGACGCCAAGCCUUACGACAACCAAAGCACAGACACAUCCCCUGCCUCAGGCAGCUGAACGGCUGUUUGUGUGCGUUUUGAAGAACUACGGCGUCGUGGUGCCAGACGGAUUAUGUGACGUCUUGUUGCUCACCUACCGGCACAGAUUUCCACAUGGAACUCUUACAAGAUUGUUGAUAGUGGAGAACUUCACUAACACUAAUCCAGGAGGUUCUUGUAUCAUCACGAAAUGCGGCAUUAACAUGAUUCUUCUGCAAACAACUGACAACCAGGCGCUUGACAAAUUGGCCAGCGCUGAUGGAACAAAGGAUCUUCAGUGGUUCGAGGGACUCAAUUUUCGACAUUAUGGGAUGCUUAACCUGCGGAUUGGUCUUCACACUGAAGCAGCUAUAACACGUGUAAUUAAUUACUUCAAGGCACUCCGUGAAAAACAAAACCAGAUGAACACAAGGGGUCUCCACAUUAUCGGUGUGACACCUUAUUUUUAUACCAACACUCCCACAAUUGGUGACGACAUGAAAGAAGACCUGCGACGCAUUGUUACGGAAGUCGACUUAGACGCCCUUCUCAUCAGAACAACUCAGACAGAGUCUGCUCUAUUCGAGCCAGAGUGUCGUCUUACCGGACCAUCACUAUGGACGCACCUAGACAAUCUGGAAAAACAAGUAACUUUCGUUCAGUCGUUGGAGUUUGCCAGGACCGUCCAGCUUCCCUCCGAUCUACGGAUAUUGCUCUCUUUCAGCUGUACCGGCUUCAAGACAUUUUACAAAAGCCUCUCCGCUCACUUGAGUCAUCAAGACAUCGAUAUCAUUCGCCAUGAGAAGUGUAGAGUAAGCCAGUUGGCGAACUAUGGAGAGGAAAAUGUAAGCGUGCGUAUGGUUCACCUUCCGCGGACUCAUGGGAUCGGUUUGCCAUAA